AUGGCUGGCGUGGAUGAGAACACCGCCCAGGAGCCUGAAUCGCUCCCCUCCACCUCCCGGCGCGUCCCAACCGACAAUGGCCAGACAGCAAACCCGACGACGAUGAGCGCGCGCUCGCGAUCCGACCAGCAGGAGAAUGCGCCGGCGCCUCCCAAACAUGCUUCGAUCCCCCCUAAUCCGACCAGCAGGCUCUCCCCAGCGUCGGCGCAAGCUUCCUCUCGGCCCAAAGCUGGCGGGGGUUCGCCCGCGGGCCAAGGAGACCUCAGCUAUUUCGAGACGACCGCUUUGGAGCCGACGCUGAACCCGGACGACACCAUCUCGGAGGACCAAGUCAGAGAACAUCUUAAGGAUAUGGAGUCGAGCUUCCUCCCGUCGUUGUCGCCAAUCCCUACCGGCUCUGCGAGUGCUGGGGCGACCGCCGAUGACAGCUUCGUCUUCGACUCGCCCGCCAAACGAUCUGCGCAGCCUUCUAGGAGCUCUGCCCGGCCCGAGUCGUCGCAGUCCAGACCGCAGCUGAGAUACGAUUCGAGCUACAAAUCGAGACCGGAGUACACAAACGAGUUUGAGUUCAAUCCGGAAUCUGAAGAUGAUUUGACUAGAGCGAGCAACACCACAUCCAGUCUGGAGAGGUUUGACUCCUCGCCUGCAGCAGCAGCUGCCGCUCGUAACAUCUCCCGCAGCACGAGCAAACAAAACACUCCCAAGGUCCCACAACAAGAGAACGACAGAAACGGACAGGACGAUUCCCUUGUGUUUAGCACCGAUGGCCCUACUGGGCUUGCCCUGCGCAACAAGCGCCCCAAGUAUGUGCGCAGUGGCCGCUUCAGCAGCCAGCGAUCCUCGACCUCGUCCUUUGUGACCAAUCCCGAAUCGCAGGAAGACAGUGAUGCCACUGUGGGCACUGUAGGGCUAGGACUCGACUAUGCGCUGCAUUCCGGCGGAGCGGUUCCAAAUACGGGCAUGUCGCGAUCUCCCUCUAAUUUAUUGCGAACUAUAAGCAUGGGCAGUAUGACCUCUGGCCUCGGUACUGAUGAGUUUGGCGACAAUACGCGCCAGCUGGAACCGCUGGCCGAGGUGGACACUCCCACCCGAGGAAGAGAGAGCAAUUACAAGAUGGUGACACCAAAGGCCAAAGAUAGCAUCAGCACAGCUCCUACGGAUACCGUCAUAGCCCAACACGUUAAGAACGUCCACGUCCCGGAUUCGGUUGCGAAAGAGUUCAAAUUCCAAAAUGGCCUACAAACUCCACGAUUGUCUGGCUCUACUGCCACCGCAAUUAACAGCUCCAAGGCUACGGGUAAAGGCACUGGCAAGACCUGGACGCUAAAGGAGCAGAGCAGUACCAUUGAGAGACUCUCUAAAGAAAAUUUUGACCUGAAACUCAAAGUCAUGUUCUUGAGCAAAAGGCUCGACACCUUGUCGGAAGAAGGUCUUAAGGAGAUGAUAUCCGAGAACGUUGAGCUGAGAACGAAUCUCGCAAUAACGACGCGAGACAACAAGAUUCUGCGGAAACGAGUCAAGGAACUAGAAAAGAAGGAGAAGGAAGAUGAAGAGAGACCGAGCACUGCUCGCAGCGGUGCCUCCUCGACGGACCAAACCGCCAAGAUGUACAACGAGGAGGCUCAAGAGCGGGAAGAGGAGCUCAUGUUCUUGCGAGAGCGCGUCGAAACCUACGCCACUGAGAUUGAAAGGCUUCGGAGUGAGACUCAGGAUAGAGAGUCGGAGAAGAAGAAACUGUCGGAUAUUGUCAAGACGCUCGGCGAGCGGUCUGGAAGCGACGCUUUCGGCCGCCAGGAGGAAGCAGACGUCUGGAAGGACUUGUUGGAGCAGGAGACUGCGCGCAGAGAGCAGUCGGAUGAGGACAACAGGAAACUACGGGAUGAAGUGUUCCGCCUCAAGAAGGAGAUGUCUGGCGCUGGUUCGGGCAUGCUGCAUCAUACGACCAACAUUUACAACAUCACCAAGAAACCACGAGACCGAGGUGCUUCUCCGGGCAGGCCCAUGUCCAGCGUGUCUGGCGAUGCGGACGGAUCUCACGCCAACUUCAGUGCGGCCAGUACCUUGGUCGACGAAUUGCGGCGGGAGAGCGAGCAGCUGCGCCACGAGAAUGCUGAACUUCGUCAACGCCUGUAUCAGGAAAUUGAGGACCUCAAGAUGGCUCAGCGACGUGGUGGUCCUGCUCCCUCCACUAUUGACAGUCUCCUGGAGCGAUCUGCGUCUCGUGCAGGCGCCCUUGAGAGACCGAGCUCGAGAAAUAGUGUUCGGACUAGGCAGCUGACAGCGGAGGAUGAGGCAGAGCGCGAGGAAAUGGAAAACAAAAUGGCCGAGCUGCGCGACAAAGUUAGCGAGGUGAAACUGCAGAACCAGGACCUGCAGCGGGAGUUGGAGAGCUGCAUGGCCGACUUUGAGCUUGCCAUUAACCAGAAGCGCGAGGCGGAUGAGGCCCUCAUGAGCAUGCAGGAAGAGCUCGACAACGCGACCAACGACUUGAUUGCGCUGCAGUCAGAGCGCGACGAAGCAUUGAGAGAGCAUGGCGAGAUGGAGGCCAACUUUGAGGACCUUCGCAGUGAGGCUCAGGCGGAGAUUGAUGCGCUAGAGGCGGAAGUUCAGCGGCUGCAGGCUGAUUUGAGUGACAGAUCCGAAAACUUUGAGAGCUUGCAGAAGGAGAUGCGACAGAUGAGCGAAGCCCUCCUUGGCCUUGAAGACGAGCAGGAGCACAAGCUUCAGCACAUUCAGCAGCUUGAAGAGGAGCAGGCUAACCAGACACACCGCAUCCAACACUUGGAGCAGGAGCAAGAAUCUUCCAACAAGGAGCUGGAGGAAUUGGAGCAGAAGCUACUGGAAUCCAACGAAAAGAACCAACGCCUUUCCGUCCAACAGGAGUCAUCCCAGGGCGAGAUUUCGUUCCUUCGGGAAGAGCAGGAGGCGGACAAGAUUCGCAUUGGUGAUCUAGAGGCGGCCCUUUCUAACUUGGAGAGAAGCUUGGAAGAUGAAAAAGAGCGAGUCAAGGAGCUGGAUAACCGGAUGCAAGAGGAGCGCGCCCAAUGGGAGGAUGUUACCACCAAGAAGGAUGCCGAUGUCCAGCAGAUAUUUGCCAACCUUCAACGAGAGAAUGCCAGCGCCAAGGACGAGGUCAAGCGGCUGCGUAAAAGCUUGUCAUCUCGUGAGGUUGAGGCAACCGAGUGGAAGGAGAGGCUGCUGGAGCUGGAGAAUAACUUGAGGGAAGCUUUGGGUGACCUGAACGGCACCCGCUCUUCGCUGCUAAAGUCUAUUGCACGGAUGCAGCGUGAGCUUGAGAACACUGUUCGUGAACUUGACACGUCUAAGGCGGCAUUGGUCGAGAAGGACCGUAUCAUUAAGCAGCGCGAUUCACUAUUGGAGUCGCAUGCCCUGGAAACUCGCAAAAUCACCGAGCUACUUGAAAAGGAGCGGGUUGCCCACCGCAAUACCAAGUCCCAAUUCGAGUCGUUCCAGAAGACGCACCAGCAUCUCACUCGAACGGCCAGCACGCAAGAUGUCCGUAUUAGCGAACUGGAAGCUACUAGAGGCCAAGAUCGCCGGAAGCUUGCCGUGUUGGAGCAGACUGCCCGCGAGCAGCUGCUGGAGAGGAACGAGCUGCUACUUCUUCUGUGGCACAAGCUAAGUACGCUCUGCGGCCGAGAGUGGGCCAACAACAACACACUCGUGGACCGGCAAGUUGUGCCGACGCUUGAAGUCAUUGCGAGUCGCCUGCCGGGAUUUACCAAGAAUCUCUUGUCCGCUGUUAAGACCAUUGAGGGCAUGUUCGCGGCGCUGCAGACAAAGAUCAAGUCAGUUGAGAAGGACCUCUAUCGCGAGUACCAAGCUCUCGAGAACAACCUGGAUGUGCGAAUCAAGAAGCUUGAUCGGCUAGAGACCAUGGUUCGCAACUCCGUUGCCACUGGGUCGCUGGGCUCUCAUGAGGCGUCCAGCCGGAUGCUACGUCUCGAAGAGGCAUAUCGUCAGCUCAAAGUGGAGAAUGCCACACUGAGGACUGCUAAUGAUGUUCGUGCUCGUGCGGCUCAUCAAAUUCCUGGAGCAGGCUCCGAGGCCAGUGCCGGUUCGCCGUCGGCUUCCCGAGGAACUGGCGAUCGUCCUUCCAAGAGCAGGGCGUCAUCUGCCGUGCGUGCUCCGUCCGCCUCUGGAAUUCCAGUAUCGUCGUCAAGGGCUGGGCUCGGCCUCAUGGAUGCGUCAAAUUCCGACGGGUCGGCUAGCAACAACGACAAUCGCUGGCUACUCAGGCUCCGGGAUAUGGAGUACAAGCUGAAGAUGGAGCGAGAAGGGCGCAACCAGGACAGGCAGGCGGCAAGGCAGCGACUCGGCGGCUUGGAGACUGAAAACAGAGAUUUGAGAGAAAAGGUGAGGCGCGCAAACCAAGAUACCGAGUAA